GCGAGAGCCCCGCCGCGCCGCGCGGACUGAGGAUGGCGACCGGGUCGGCCACCCGUAGCCCCGCGGGACCCUUCCGGAGCCACCUGCUGCUUUGCUGCAUCCUGGCCCUCCUGUUGCACGAACUUCCCUGGGCGAGGGCAGAUGGCUUUGUUGAUGUGCUCCAGGCAUUUGGUGUGCAAGAGGGCGAGAACGGGGUCUCCAUUGCUGCUGGGAUUUGCACUCAGAGGAACGGAUCGGAGGAAAGCGACCUGGCCUUCCGCCUUGAGAACCGGACACAUUUCAUUGCCCCCACAAAGCAGCUCUUUCCUGACAGACCCUUUCCAGUGGACUUCUCAAUAUUAGCUACCCUGCGAGCACUCAAAGGUAGCCAGUCAUUCUUGCUGUCCAUGCACGAUGUGCGAGGUGUCCAGCAGCUUGGUGUAGAGGUUGGCCGCUCCCCUGUUUUCCUGUAUGAAGACCAGCUUGGCCACCCAGCACCUGAGGACUAUCCUCACUUCCGUCGAGUCAACUUGGCUGAUGGCAAGUGGCAUCGCAUUGCACUGAGUGUGGAAGGUGAGAAUGUAUCUCUAAGUGUUGACUGUGAAGACCCUGUAACUUUGCCCCUGAAGCGAGGUAUGGAGCCUGUUGUCAGUGUAGAGGGAGUCACUUUGCUUGGUGCUCGCCGGCCAGAUGAAGACAUUUUUGAGGGUGAUCUGCAACAACUGCUGAUCGUCCCGGAUCCAUCUGCCGCAGCCCACUACUGCCAGCAUUACAUGCCUGACUGUGAUAGGCAACUCACCUACAGGUUGUACACUCAGGAUACUGAAGAGAACAUUCCUCGCAGGAAGGGCAAGAAGGGCAAGGGCAAAGGAAAGGGCAAGGGCAGGAAGAGAGGUAGAGGCAAGAAGAAGAGGAACAAGGAGUCACCCGAGACAUUCUCGCUCCCUCCAGCCCUGGGCCAGUAUGAGGCUGCGACUCCAGCUACACCUACCAAGGUAGCGGCUGAAUUCUGGGAGGAGAGUCCCAGUGAGGCUCCUGGAGUCCUUGCCACUGUCACAGUCAGCUUGAACCUCACAGGCGACUAUGAGGACCUUUUUGGAGAAGAGUAUGUCAUCAGUGAAGACACAGACCUGGAGGCUAAUGGCACUUACACAGCGUACGAUGAGAGACUGGACUACAGGAUGAGGGAAUAUGAUGACUACUAUGACAACAGGGAUGCUGGUGAGGAGAAAGAGCGUUAUGAUCCAGCUGAGCGCACUGAAGCCACUGUCCAGGUUCCUCAGGAAACAAACCUGAAGGGAGAAAAAGGGGAGCCAGCAGUCAUAGAGCCUGGCAGGCGUUUUGAGGGGCCACCUGGAUACCCUGGUCCACAGGGUGAGACAGGCCCAAUGGGACAGGCAGGGCCACCAGGGUUUCCAGGAGAUUCUGGUGAACGGGGACCACCAGGGCUCCCAGGCCUUCCAGGUGCUGAUGGCAUUCGUGGACCACCUGGGACAAUGAUCAUGUUACCGUUCCAGUUUGGUGGUGACUUGACGAAAGGCCCUUCAGUUUCCUUCCAAGAGGCCCAAGCCCAGGCUAUUUUGCAACAAGCAAAGCUUUCGAUGAAGGGCCCACCCGGCCCCAUGGGUCUUACAGGACGGCCAGGGCCACUGGGGCUUCCAGGAAAUUCAGGACUGAAAGGAGAUGCAGGUGAAGUAGGACCACAGGGUCCUCCUGGUAUACAGGGACAAGUCGGGCCCACGGGGAAAACUGGAAAGCGGGGUCGUUCAGGAGCAGAUGGUGCCAGAGGAUUGCCAGGAGAAACUGGACCCAAGGGGGACAGGGGCUUUGAUGGCCUACCAGGACUUCCUGGGGAAAAAGGGAAUCGAGGAGAUGUAGGGAAGCCAGGCUCACCUGGAGCUCCUGGAGACAAUGGUCCCAAGGGUUCCGAUGGCGUGCAAGGCCCUGCAGGACAGCCUGGGGAAGCAGGUGUGCGUGGCUUGGCUGGUUCGAGAGGUUCUCCUGGCCCCCCAGGACCACCGGGUCCCAGUGGUAUUGAUGGAGCGCCUGGACAGAAAGGCAAUUUGGGCAUUCCAGGUGAACCAGGACCACCUGGGCAGCAGGGAAACCCUGGGCCUCAGGGUUUGCCUGGUCCACAGGGUCCUGUUGGACUUCCAGGUGAAAAAGGCCCACCAGGAAAACAAGGGAUGCUAGGGCUGGCUGGAAUGGACGGGCCUCCGGGUCAUCCUGGAAGAGAAGGGCCAGCCGGCGAGAAAGGAGCCCAGGGUCCAUCUGGUGCAGCAGGCCCAAUAGGUUACCCAGGUCCCCGAGGAGUCAAGGGGGCCUUUGGCGUGCGAGGCCUGAAAGGCAGUAAAGGCGAAAAGGGUGAAGAUGGAUUUCCUGGCUUCAAGGGUGAUAUGGGGCCCAAAGGUGACCGGGGUGAUGCUGGCCCAUUGGGUGUACGUGGUGAGGAUGGUCCUGAGGGUCUGAAAGGUCAGGCAGGACCUGUUGGAGAAGCAGGCGCUACAGGUCUAGCUGGUGAGAAGGGCAAGUUGGGAGUGCCAGGUCUGCCUGGCUAUCCUGGUCGCCAGGGACCCAAGGGCUCAACUGGAUUCCCAGGUCCCCAAGGACUCAUAGGAGAAAAAGGCAAACGGGGCAAAGCUGGCCAAGCUGGGCAGACUGGACAACGUGGUCCUCCGGGUCCUCCAGGGGAGCGUGGUUUGCCAGGAUCCACAGGAAAACCGGGACCAAAGGGUGACUCUGGCCAUGAUGGGGCCCCAGGAGUGGUAGGAGAAAAGGGUCCCACUGGACCACAAGGCUCCAAUGGAUUUCCAGGACCCAAAGGCCCUCCUGGCCCUGCUGGGAAGGAUGGCUUACCAGGCCAUCCAGGUCAGCGAGGUGAGCCGGGAUUUCAUGGAAAAACUGGCCCACCAGGACCUACAGGAGUUGUAGGACCUCAGGGAAACUCAGGAGAAACUGGACCCAUGGGCGAGAGAGGCCACCCAGGCUCUCCAGGCCCCCCUGGAGAACAAGGGCUUCCAGGGGCUGCAGGAAGAGAAGGUGCCAAGGGUGAUCCUGGGCCUAGUGGUAUCCCUGGCAAAAAUGGCCCUCCUGGUGUGAGAGGUUUCACAGGAGCCCGAGGACUAGCUGGAGAGACUGGACCAACUGGGUUGAAAGGGGCCGAAGGGCCACCUGGUCCACAAGGCUCCACAGGUCCUCCUGGUGAGCGAGGCCCCUCUGGGGCAGCUGGGGGCAUUGGACUGCCAGGACGAGGGGGUAACCAAGGUCCUCCUGGCCCCACAGGAGAGAAGGGGGCACCGGGUGAGCGUGGCCCAAUGGGCCCAGCUGGGCAGGAUGGAAUCCCUGGGCCAGUGGGACUUCCAGGCCCAAUUGGACCGCCAGGACCUGCUGGAGAGGAUGGUGACAAGGGAGAGAUGGGUGGCCCAGGACAGAAGGGAAGCAAGGGUGACAAAGGUGAUGCGGGUCCCCCAGGACCAACUGGGAUCCAGGGUCCCAUUGGCCAUCCAGGCUCUGCAGGAGUUGAUGGGGAGCCUGGGCGCCGAGGGCAGCAGGGCAUGUUUGGUCAGAAGGGAGAUGAAGGGGCCCGUGGAUACCCCGGAGUCAUUGGCCCACCUGGUUUACAGGGGAUGCCAGGCCCCCCAGGCGAGAAAGGUGAAAGCGGCGAUGUUGGCCCAAUGGGUCCACCAGGAGCUCCUGGACCCCGAGGCCCCCAGGGUCCCAUUGGUGGAGAUGGCCCACCAGGUCAGCCUGGUGGGGUGGGGCAGCCAGGUGCUGUGGGUGAAAAGGGUGAACCAGGUGAAUCAGGGGACCCUGGACCCUCGGGGGACCCAGGCCGGCCAGGUGUGAAGGGCGAUACAGGUGAAAAGGGAGACUCUGGCCAAACAGGAGCUGCAGGCCCCCCUGGCAAGAAAGGUCCCCCAGGAGAAGAUGGAGCCAAAGGCAACCUGGGCCCGAUAGGAUUUCCCGGUGACCCAGGCCCAUCUGGAGAGCCUGGCCCUCCUGGUCGUGAUGGAGCUCCCGGUGAAAAGGGUGACAUGGGAGAUCCUGGACUUCCAGGACCUCCUGGAGCUUCUGGGGAGCCAGGUCCUUCUGGGUCACCAGGGAAGAGGGGACCACUUGGGCCGCUUGGACGUGAAGGUCGACAGGGCGAGAAGGGAGCCAAGGGAGAACCUGGCACAGAAGGACCUCUUGGGAAAAUGGGGCCCAUGGGCCCACAAGGACCUCCAGGCCGCCCUGGCUCAGAAGGACUACGUGGCAUUCCUGGCCCAGCAGGGGAACAAGGUCUGCUUGGAGCACCUGGUCAAGCAGGGCCUCCAGGACCAAUGGGUCCAACUGGGCUCCCGGGACUCAAGGGUGAUCCUGGCUACAAAGGAGAAAAGGGCCAUGCAGGACUCAUUGGGUUGAUUGGCCCCCCAGGUGAGAUGGGUGAGAAAGGUGACCAAGGGCUGCCAGGGAACCAGGGAACACCAGGCCCUAAGGGCGACAUUGGAAUUAUGGGACCUCUUGGCCCACCUGGCCCACCUGGAUCUCCUGGCCUCUCAGGACCUUUGGGACAAAAAGGGAACAAGGGUGCACCGGGACCUAUUGGGCCAAAAGGUGACACAGGACCCCCAGGACCCCCAGGGCAACCAGGCCGGCCUGCAGAGCUGCAAGACCCUCUGCCCAUGGAGAGCGGCCGCAAGAGCCGUCGAGAGUGGGAGCUAAGGGAGCAGGGAGACGCCCCAGGGGCAGUGGACCUGGAGGAUCCUGAUGCGGAGGGACUGGCAGAGGUUCUGGCGGUACUGAGCGCCCUACGGGAUGAGGUGGAGCAAAUGCGAUGUCCGCUAGGCACCCCGGAGAGUCCCGCCAGGGUCUGCAAGGAGCUUCAGUUUUGCCACCCCCAUCUCACAGAUGGUGAAUAUUGGAUUGAUCCUAAUCAAGGAUGUGGCCGAGAUGCCUUCAGAGUUUUCUGCAACUUCACAGCUGGUGGGGAGACCUGCUUAUUCCCUGACAAGAAAUUUGAAUCAGUAAGGCUUGCCGCCUGGAGCAAAGAACAACCAGGAAGCUGGUACAGCACAUUCAAGAGGGGCAAGAAGUUCUCCUACGUGGAUUCAGAGGGCAACCCUGUGCACGUGACCCAGCUUACAUUUCUGCGCCUGCUCAGUGCUGUUGCCCACCAGAACUUCACCCUCAUCUGCCAGAACAUGGCUGCCUGGUAUGAGGCCGACAGCAGCAGCCACAGCCGAGCCUUGAAGUUUCUUGCCUUCAACGGUGUGGAGCUGAUGCAGAACAGCACAGAAAACCCUGUCCGUGCCUUGUAUGAUGGUUGCCAGGUGCGCAAGGGCCAGGAGCGGACAAUCCUGCAGAUCCAGACGGCCCGUGUGGAGCAGUUGCCGCUGAUGGAUGUGGCGGUUCAAGACUUUGGGGACACCAACCAGAAGUUUGGCUUCGAGCUUGGUCCUGUCUGCUUCAGCGGCUGAGUUCUUCCAGAGAGGUGGACCCCCUCACUCAAGACCGCAGGACCCCUCCUGAGAAGGAAAGAGCUCAAAGACCCCCCCACCCCACUCUGUCUUUCCCUGCACUGUGGGCGUGGAGCGAGGGAAAGGAGCCGGCCCUGCAAAGACCUGCCGUUGUAUUUAACCGAAAGAAAGCCUCCUAUUUAUGCGGCCAAGGUCCCUCGGGGCUGUGACUCUUGGGCAGCAGCGCAGGGCCCAGACUGAGCCAGGGCCCUUCCUUUCUGCAGCCGCAACUCAUGGUGCUACUAUUGCGCACUCUUAGUGAAGCACUGGACAGACUGCCUGGCAUUGGCCACCUGCAGGGAUGGGGGGGGAGCAGAAACCAUAACAUACACAUUGCAUAAACCUGUCUCCCACUCCCCCACCCAACCCUUGUAAGGGCAUGGAGGUGUCAAGAUCAUGCCCUAAGCAUCUUGGGAAGUAGGGAUCCAGGCCUCAUUUAUAGGUGCAAUCAUUUGCAUAUGGGCAUGAGAUACACAUUAAUGCACAACUAAGGGAAAACAGGACUCUGAUCCAAGGCUUAAGGGUUGAGCAUCGGGGGAGGGGCAGAUGAGCAUGAGAGUAGUCUCCAACUUUUACCUAGUAAUUUGGGCAGGAACACAGAGAUGCUGCCUUCUACUGAGUUGGACCGUUGGCCCAUAUAAACUAAGAUUGUCAAUUCUGAGUGACAGUGGCUCUCCAGAGUUUCAGGCAAGAUUCUUUCCCUAUCUUAUCUGGAGAUGUUGGGAACUAAACCUGGGGAUAAGCUCUCCCUGUGACCUAUGCCCUCUCCCAACAAGAGCACCUAGUAUUUUUUUUUUGGUAGCCUCCCAUCCUAAAUACUAAACAAGCCUAACAUUCCUUUGCUUCCAAAGUUGGGUGAGAUCUGCAUGUUCAGGUGGAGGAAAGAGAGAGGACAGAUCAUUUUAAGACCUUAGGUAUCUCCUUGUCUGUCCAGAGUCUUCAUUUGGAGUCUGCAUCCUCUUGCAACCACUAUUUACUACACCUGAUCUUACUUUGCUUCUUGGUCUUUUGGCUAAGAUCAGGCAUGACCACAAUUAACUGCUGCCUGUUCCCAUUCCAGUGCCAGAUAAAGCAAUGCUAGAAAAUGAUACUAAGUUAGAGGGAAGUGGUUGAGCGUUCCUCCUUGUUUUUCCAUGCUCUGCAACAUUCCAGCUGUGAACUGAAACCUCUGCAUGCUGGGCAGAGGAACUAGGAGGAUUGUUUUCCAGUCUCUGAUCACCUUUGUCUACCAUUCAUUCCAUCCAUGCUGUGCAGAGAGUGGUGGAUUCCUGAUUCAUAUUCUCUGGAUCCCAUUUCUCUUGGCAGAUGCUUAUAACACAUGGCUGAUGAUUUUGACAUUCCCAUCCCCCUGCAGAGGGAUGAUGACAUGGUGCAGGCUGGUUUCCAGCUCUCCAAGAACCUCUAAUUCUGAAGGGUUUCCUGUUACCCAAAGUCCCGAAGAGUAGAAAUGAGACAGAGGUCUUCUGUCUCCCACUCAGCCUUUGGCACUGAUUUUUCUCCAAACGCUGGUGCUAAAUACCGAUUUUUUUAAAAAAAUGCUUCCUCCUUGUAUCUCAGGCUGUGGGGCCAACCGGGUAUGUGUGUGUGUGUUUGUGUGUUUUGAAUGAAUGUGUGUGUGUGUGUCAUUGUAUCAUUGUAACAACCUGUAUUAAACCUCAGAGCGUGUGGCUGUCCCACCAUCUCUGUGUCUGCUGGCUGUGCUGGAGAGAUCAGCCAAGCCAGGACUCCUGAAGUUGAAGAGUGAAGCUGAAAACCUUGAAAGAAGACUGAUGAACUGAUGUCUUGGGUUAUUAACAUUUGGAUCUCUUCCUUCCUUCCUUCCUUCCUUCCUUCCUUCCUUCCUUCCUUCCUUCCUUCCUUCCUUCCUUCCUUCCUUCCUUAGGACCUCAUUUUCUCUAAAGCAAGGAUGGUAAACUUUUUGCCUUCUAGAUAUUGUGAACAGAAAUCCACAGACUCCCUUAACAUUGCUCAUGUUGUUGGGAUUCUGGGAGGUGAAUGCCCCCUGAUUUAGAGGCAGAGAUAUUUCUCACUGCAGAGGGUUGGAUAUGGAUUGAGCACAACAAGAAUGGAGAGCUUUCAACCCUCCAUAUGUUUUGGAGGACAUCUCCCCUAUUUUCUGAACAUUGGUUGAACUUUUUGACUGGGGCUGAUGGGAGUUAGAGACUGGAGCAUCUGUAGGGACAGCAUUUCUCCACCCCCUCCUGUAAUGUUUCGUUCUUUGUUCAUAUAGUAGGUAACAAAGUUUUUGCCUGAUUGCCAUACAGACGCUCUCUCCCUCCCCUAACUCUUUAGUUCCAAGUGUUACCAAAGUUCUAUCUAUCUCUCCUAGAGUUUAAAAGGAGGCCAUGUAACUUGCCCACCCCACCAGUCUUUGCAUCAAACAUUUCAAACUUGGGGGCAUGGAAUGGUCUUCUGGAUAAGUGGUCAUUGUUGCUUAGUUGAAAUGGGACAGAACACAUUUAGGUGACAGGAUUCAGUAACACAGAAGGGCUGAGUGGGAGACUUUGUUCAGUGAAUUUUUUUCCUGUACUUUUUUUUUAUAAAAACCACCUGUUCUCCAUUUUCACAUCCAGAUGUGCAUCCCUAAUUCUGCCACAACUUGAGAAAGCAUCAGCACGAAGCAUUUGCUGUGAAGCACUAUUGUGAGAUGGUAACAAUGCCAGGACUUGUCAGUAGGAGGGUUUUAUUUGCCCCCAGUGGUGUAAGCACAUAAUAACAUUUGGUUGGCUAGAUAGUGCUUUGGCAUCACCAGCUUCACUCUGUGCUUCCUGAUUUCUCCAGCAAUGAAAAAUCAUUUUUUUUAAAGGGGAAAGCAUAUAACAGCAGCAAUUUAUGGGAAUCAGUGACUGCAAAGGCUUGAAAAAAUGUGCAGAAAAGGGAGGAUUACUUGCUAUACCCAACACGCAUGCACAUGUAUACACAUAGGGCAACUUCCACAAAGACUAUUGCCCCACCACCCAAAAAGAUUGAAGAGAAAAAUGAUCACGUUUCCAGAGCUGGAGAUGAGUUUCCGCAGUUAACUGUGCCACAAAUAUUCCCUGCAAAAUGUAGAAGUCUUAAAUUGUGAUGAUUCUUAUCUGCCUCUUCCCACAUUUUCCUGAGCUCAUUCAUUUUAUUCAUUCUUGGCCAUUCUUGGGACUUAAUUACAAUCAGGAUUCGGUAGAGCUCAUUUUCUUUUUUAAUGCCGGGGCUUGACCCUCUGCCUUGUAAUGGUUUAAAGAGAGAGAGAGAAAAACAGGGCAGAGCCUCUAAUCAUGACCAAAGAGCAGGCCCUUCCUCUCUAAGUAAUGAUGACAGAUCACACUCAUGGGUCAGGUUAUAUACAGCAGGACUUUCUGCCAAGUGUGAGCCCCAACACCUUUUCAAAAAGUUAAAAAGUGGUGGGGAUCUUUCAAAAAUUCAUUGCUACAGCAGCAAAAUGUCAUACAGGAGGAGUCAUUCUUCUGUCAUAUCUCUAAAGGAACGGUUUGAAAGUUCUUGGCUGAACAUGUAAUGGUUCAUUUAUCUCUCUCAGACUUUUCCUGAGUACUUUUCUCUUGCAAUGCAUGAGAGAUCAGGCUCUCAUCUCCUCACUCCAGUGUCUGAUCCUUUGACCAUGGAACCUCUAUAGUUAGUCUUCCUUAACCUGGCACUUUCCAGAUGUUUGCACUACAAACCCAAUUAUCCCUGACCAGCACAGCCUUGGUAGUCGAGUAUAAGUGCUGCUGCCCAGAACACCUGAACAGCAAAUGUUGGUGGAGGCUGAUCUAUAAGUUAACCCAUGUAGUCCCUAUGAUACCACCACAUUUGUCUGACAUCGUUAUCAAGAACCUAAGGACUGUAUUGGCAUUGUCUUAGGUUUAGGGUUGCAAUGGGCUUGCAGGGGUUAAUUAGGCGAGCAUUCCACAACACGUUGUCCUCCAAAUGCUGUAGUAUCAAAACAUUCAGAAUUCUUGACCAUUGGUCAUGCAGUUUGGGUCUGGUGGGAGCGGAAGCCCAAAACUUCUCAACAGCACCAGCUCACUAAGCCAUGUAAGUGACCGUUUUCCAAGACAAACAGGGAAAAUGAAAAAUUGAAGCUGUAUGACUUGAGUCAUCACACAGCAAAUACGUCAUACUGUCUCUUAGCAAACAGUCAAUCAAGGUAUGCAAUAACCAAAGGACCACAAAAGAUGAUUGCUCAGUUUUCCGGAUCACAAGGGGGAGGCUACAUUGGCCAUUUACCUCAUAAUUUGCAUUCAAUUAGGCACAGAUGAAAUUGAAUUGAAACCCAGUGACUAUACAAUACAAAGCCCAAUGCAGGUGGUUUAUUUUGCUCCAAUUUGGUUGGCAUUGUUUUCCUCCACUUUCUGCUCUAUGUGAUUGCCUGAUCCAAUGCAAAGGAGUGAU